UGUCGUUGCUUCCAGACCACCUGCUACAUCCUGGUCAUCAGCAUCGCCAACAUGGCCAACCUGGCGAGCACCGCCACCGCCAUCACCAUCCAGAGGGACUGGGUGGUGGUGGUCGCCGGGCAGGACAGCAGCAAACUGGCAGACAUGAACGCCACGGUACGCAUCAUCGACCAGCUCACCAACAUCCUGGCUCCCAUGCUGGUGGGUCAGAUCAUGGCGUUCGGCUCUCAUUUCAUCGGCUGCGGCUUCAUCUCGGGCUGGAACCUGUGCUCCAUGUGCGUGGAGUACGCCCUGCUGUGGAAGGUCUACCAGAAGACGCCGGCGCUGGCGGUGAAGGCGGGACAGAAGGAGCAGCAGGAGCUCAAGCAGCUGAGCGCUGACAGAGAUUGUGAAAACGGCCAAAGCCCCGAAGAGUCGUCUCAGCCGCUGAUGAACGAGGCGGCGGCGGCGGCGGCCUCUCCCGGCGGGUCCGGCUGCUGCCAGCAGGUCAGCAGGCCGCUGCAGACCUUCAAGGCGGGCUGGGUGGCGUACUACAAGCAGGACAUCUUCCUGGCGGGCAUGUCUCUGGCCUUCCUCUACAUGACGGUUCUGGGCUUCGACUGCAUCACCACGGGAUACGCCUACACCCAGGGCCUGAACGGCUCCAUCCUCAGCCUGCUGAUGGGGGCCUCCGCCAUCUCCGGCAUCUGCGGCACCGUGGCCUUCACCUGGGUCCGCAAAAGGUGCGGCCUGAUCCGGACGGGCUUCAUCUCGGGCACGGCGCAGCUGUGCUGCCUCCUGCUGUGCGUGGCGUCCGUCUUCGCUCCGGGGAGCCCCUUCGACCUCAGCGUCUCGCCCUUCCAGGACCUUUACAGCCACCUGAUGGGGGAGCAGACCCUGCCGGAGGCCGAGCACGGGCUUACCGGCGCCCUGGGGGGAAACGUCACCAGCGCCCCGCCGCCAGAGGAGCUGCCGCCGCUGCAGUCCUACAUGUCGGUCAGCCUGCUGUUCGCCGGCGUCAUCGCUGCCCGAGUCGGUCUGUGGUCCUUUGAUCUCAGCGUGACGCAGCUCAUCCAGGAGAACGUGAUGGAGUCCGAGCGAGGCGUGAUCAACGGCGUCCAGAACUCCAUGAACUACCUGCUGGACCUGCUGCACUUCAUCAUGGUGAUUCUGGCGCCCAACCCGGAGGCCUUCGGCCUGCUGGUCAUCAUCUCCGUGUCCUUCGUGGCCAUGGGUCACCUGAUGUACUUCCGAUUCGCCUUCAAGAGCCUGGGCCGCCGCCUCUUCCUGUGCCGCUCGCCGGAGCAGAAGAUGGAGUCGGCCGAGGACGUCUCUCUGCCCACCACCGUGUAGAACCCACUGGUCCCAGUCUGACCUGCCCUGCCACUUAUUUAUCCAACCAGUAGCUUGUAGCUUGUAGCUGUCUGUCAUUAGCGCAGCAGGCGGACCGUAGAUUAACCCGAUAGGUCGCCCCUCCAUGACCUUCUGCCUUUGCUUAUUAACACGUUCGUGUCGUCUCCCCCUGGUUUAAUGGACUCCAUUAAAGGGAGGGCGAUCAGGGAAGCGGGCGACGAGGAACGCCUGUCCUGGUGCUGCGUCUCCGUGCCGGGUCACGGAGGACGCCUCUUCUGUAACCAAACUUUCGUGGCGAUGAGGGUCUAUCUGUAUAUAUUUCGACGGCGGUUUUUCUAUGGCAGUAUUCUGUGUUUCUCGUGCCAAACAAACCAGGAAGCAGCUUUGCAGGAAGCUCCUCGGUACCAAAGUCUGCAUGGCGGCGUUAAAGGAAGCCAGGGAACGCGUCCGCCUGUGGGCGUGACGCGGCGCCGCAGCACGGCGUGGGAACCCUUCUUCAGAUCAUUAAUGUUGGUGUGAUUUCUGCUGAUUGUCGUUACUCAGGCACUUUAUGAUUGGCUGGUGUCCGAACGCCUCUGAUCUUC